UCUGUUCAUACCUGUCGUACUCCAUUUGAACACUCCACGAUCUGAUCCAACAUGCAGCCCACAGGCAUCCUCGGUGAAGAUGGGAUUCACGUCGAUAUGAACCACCUAAAGAAGGGCGAGGUCAACCUUGGAACGUCGAUUAUGGCGAUCAACUUCAAAGAUGGAGUUAUACUGGGUGCGGAUAGUCGAACGACGACGGGUGCCUACAUUGCGAAUCGCGUGACAGACAAGCUUACACAAGUACACGAUACGAUAUGGUGUUGCCGGUCAGGUUCAGCAGCCGAUACUCAGGCAGUUGCGGACAUCGUCCAUUACUAUCUCGGCAUGUACGGCGUCAGUAAUGACGAGCCACCUACCACCCAGACUGCUGCUGCGCUGUUCCAAGAUCUCUGCUACUCAAACAAGGACCAACUCAGCGCUGGCAUGAUCAUUGCCGGCUACGAUGCACGACAUGGAGGUCAGGUGUACUCCAUUCCUCUCGGUGGAUCUCUUCAUAAACAAUCCUACGCAAUAGGAGGAUCUGGCUCAACAUACAUCUACGGAUAUUGCGACGCCAACUGGCAGGAGGGUAUGACCGAGGAAGAGGGUGUGAGAUUCGUCAAGGGAGCACUCGCGGAGGCGAUCAAGUGGGACGGCAGUUCCGGAGGUGUGAUCAGGAUGGUUGUUCUGACGGCGAAGGGAGCACAAAGACACCUAUAUCUACCCGACAAUGGCUACACAGGUCCUGGAACAAAAUGAAUGGCACGCUUGCGGGUGGGCAGGAUGUAUUAUACAUAUGCUUCUUUGAGUCGAAGCUUUGACAAGCAUAUAGAUCAAUGACGUGCAUGAGAGCGAUCUUGAUCGUUUUGCUGUUUGAACAUACAUUUGCAAUGUUAUUAGAUAUGUUUCGCCACGAUGCAAGAAGGACUAUCUAUACCGAAUCUUCCCAAGACUGAAUGAAGCUGAGUCAU